CUCAAGGCGGCUCCAUCGGCGCGUUUCCGAGCGGAUGGGAGCGCCAUGGCUGCCCUGGCGCCGCCGCAUCCGAAGCCCCGCUGGGCAGACCUGGUGGAUUCCUCCCAGGAGGAGGUGGCGGAGCUGAACCCGUUGCCGUCGCCGCCGUUACGCCAAAACUCGUUUCAAGACUCCCAGGCCUCGCAGCAGGCUUCGCAGCAGGCCUCGCAGACCAGCAUUUGCGAGCUGCUGCAGAACAAGGCGGACCUCUCGGCCCUGUCACAGGAUCUGGGCCCGGCCUCGCCUUUGGCGCAGAUUCCAGAGGCGGAGGCUGCAUCAAGCUCUGCGGCGCCCUCUGGCGCGCUCCAGACAGGCGCCCGCGCGCCGCUGUCCUCAGUGCUGCUGCCGGCCGCCGCCAGCGGCGCCGCCGGCGCGCGGAGGACGCGGAAGCGGGGCCCCAACGGCGGCGUCGCGAGCCAGGCCUCGCCAGGGACCAAGCGCCAGCGGUACCGCUCUCGGAAGGCGAGUUCCAUCUCCCGGGACGAGGAGGAUGGCCGCGAGCGCGUGCUCACCGAGGAGGAGCAGGAGCAGCGACGCCAGAAGCGGCGCAUAGUCGUCGCCUCCCAUAAGCGGCGACCGGACUACUUGGCCUUUGCGGCCAGCAGGCCCAGGGAGGUGCGGGAGGAGCAUGAGCCGAUGACACCAGAUCCGGAGCAGAAUCUCAGCAAGCGGCCGUGGGAAGCUACGGUGCAGAAAUGGCGCCAGGGCUUGCGUGAGUGGCACAAGACGCACGGUGGUGGGGAAAAUGAGGAGCUGGAUGACAUCAGUGACCCGGACUGAGGCGCAUGGAAUCCCACCCUCAGAGGCGUUUCACUCACUUGCUGAAGUGUCAGCCUUGGGCAUCCAUGCCUGGCUGGUGAUUGGACACUUGCUCGUGGUAUCUCCUUGUUUUGUGG